CCUGGGUGGAGACCCAAGUCACCCACGGUCCGGCCCCGGCGAAGUUGCCGGCCUCGCUGCACUUCCCGGGCUGGGUGGCCUGGAUCCCGCAGACAUGGCCAGCGGGGCGGCAGAGAGGGGACUCGAGCCCCCGGCCUUACAGCGUCAUCCAGAAGCCAGCGCACAGCGCCUGGCCCAAGGCUACGGGAAGGGCAGCAUGAGCGAGCUGAGGGACCAGGAGUUCGGUCGCCUGGCAGGAAGUGUCUACCUUGACCAUGCAGGAGCCACCUUGUUCCCCCAAAGCCAGCUCACAAACUUCACUAAGGAUCUCAUGGAAAACGUCUAUGGUAAUCCUCACAGCCAGAACAUCACCAGCAGACUCACCCACGACACUGUGGAGCAGGUCCGCUACAGGAUAUUGGCUCAUUUCCAUACUACCCUGGAGGACUACAUUGUGAUCUUCACGGCUGGGAGCACAGCAGCUCUCAAGCUAGUGGCAGAGGCAUUUCCGUGGGUGGCGCGGGCCCCAGAGAACAGUGGGAGUCACUUCUGUUACCUCACCGACAACCACACCUCUGUGGUGGGAAUAAGGAAGGUGACUGCAGCCAUGGGUGUCACAUCUACCCCAGUCAAGCCAAAGGCCAUGUGGUCAGCGGAGGCAAAGGCUGCUGGAGCCUGUGACAGCGACUGUCAGCUUCCACACCUCUUCUGUUACCCAGCUCAGAGUAACUUUUCAGGCACCAGAUACCCGCUGUCGUGGGUAGACGAGGUCAAGUCUGGGCUGAGGAGCCCCGUGAGUGUGCCUGGGAAGUGGUUUGUGCUGCUCGAUGCAGCCUCCUAUGUCAGCACCUCACCCUUGGACCUGUCAACUCACCGGGCUGACUUUGUCCCCAUCUCCUUCUAUAAGAUUUUUGGGUUUCCCACAGGCCUGGGUGCUCUGCUUGUCAACAAGCACGUGGCUCCCCUGCUUAGGAAAGGCUACUUUGGAGGAGGGACUGCAGCCGUCUACCUUGCAGGAGAAGACUUUUACAUCCCGACGGCAUCGGUGGCAGAAAGGUUCGAAGAUGGCACCAUCUCAUUCCUUGAUGUAAUAGCGUUAAAACAUGGAUUUGAUGCUCUGGAGCGCCUCACAGGUGGCAUGGAGAGCAUACAGCAGCACACCUUCGCUCUGGCGCAGUACACGUACUCUGCCCUGUCUUCCCUCUGCUACCCCAAUGGAGCCCCCGUGGUGCGGAUUUAUACCGAUUCUGGGUUCAGCGGCCCUGAUGUCCAGGGCCCAAUCAUCAAUUUUAACGUGCUGGAUGAUGGUGGGAACAUCAUUGGCUACUCCCAGGUAGACAAAAUGGCUAGCCUACACAACAUCCACCUGAGGACUGGCUGCUUCUGUAACUUGGGGGCCUGCCAGAGGCACCUGGGGCUAAGUGAAGAGAUGGUUAAGAAACACUUUCAGGCCGGUCAUGUCUGUGGAGAUGACGUCGACAUCAUAGACGGCCGGCCCACAGGCUCUGUGAGGAUCUCCUUUGGAUACAUGUCCACACUGGAAGACGCCCAGGCCUUUCUCAGGUUCAUCCGAGUUUUCUGCCUUCACUCACCUGGUGUCCAGCCUGUUCCUCAAGCCAGCACCAGCGACACUGGAGCCUUAACCUCAGAGAAUGACUGCCACUCAUCUCAAGAAGGUUCCUGCGCAGAACCUGCAGUCUGCAAUGACUCCUGCCCUGAUGCAAAUCCGGUGGACUUGUGCCCAUCUCUGAGCAAAGCCAGCAGCAUCCCGCAGACCCCUCGAGAGAAAGCUGCCUGUAUCCCCAAUGGAGACCUUGGGCCCCACAUUGUCACCAACAUUUACCUCUACCCCAUCAAAUCCUGUGCUGCGCUGGAGGUGACCGAGUGGCCUAUAGGGAGCCAAGGGCUGCUCUAUGACCGAAGCUGGAUGGUUGUGAACCACAAUGGCAUUUGCCUGAGUCAGAAGCAGGAGCAGCGGCUCUGCCUGAUCCGACCCUUCAUCGACCUGCAGCAGGGGAUCAUGGUCAUCAAAGCCAAAGGAAUGGAGCCUAUCGAGGUGCCUCUUGAGGAAGACAGUGAACGAACUCAGAUUUGCCAAAGCAGAGUGUGUGCGGACAGGGUAAACACUUAUGAUUGUGGAGAAAAUGUUUCAAGAUGGCUGUCAAAGUUUUUCGGCCGUCCAUGUCAUUUAAUCAAGCAAAGCCCGCACUUCCAGCGAAAUGCAAGGAAGGUCGCUGGAAAAGGUCAGUCUCCAGGACCUGGUGUUGCCCUGUCCCUGGUGAAUGAGGCGCAGUAUCUGCUGGUGAACACAGCAAGUGUUCUGGAGCUUCAGCAACAGCUAAAUACCAGUGAUAAACAUGGCAAAGAGGAGUCGUUCUCCGUGAAAGAUCUCAUCUCCCGUUUCCGUGCCAAUAUCAUUACGAAGGGAGCUAGGGCUUUUGAAGAAGAGAAAUGGGAUGAGAUCUCAAUAGGUUCCCUGCAUUUCCAGGUUCUGGGGCCUUGUCACAGGUGCCAGAUGAUUUGUAUCGACCAGCAAACUGGGCAGCGGAACCAGGAUGUUUUCCAGAAGCUUUCCGAGAGGCGGGGGAGGAAGGUGAACUUUGGCGUGUACCUGAUGCACUCAUCCUUGGAUUUAUCUUCUCCACGUUUCCUGUCAGUGGGAUCCGAGGUGCUGCCUGUGUUGAAAGACUGUGGAGUGCACUGA